UACAGACAUUCUGGUUGUGAAAUGAACACCAAGGCGUGCUUUAUCAAACUCUUUGUGUUGACCUCCGUAACUUGUUUACUGGUUUCUUCUGCAAAUGGUGACAGUGAUGGUACCUGUAAAGUAUCUGCUUUUAAACAUGGACAGCACAAACCAAAUAAAACAUUGUUUAAAAUUGGAGAACAAAUGCAGUAUGAAUGUGAUGAUGGUUAUGUUAGCCCAAAGAAAACAAUUGUGGAUACAUUAGAAUGUCUUUCAUCUGGAUGGUCAUCUGUUUUGCAGUGUGCAGAAAUUGAAUGCACUGUACACCAAAAGGCUGGAUUCUCUAACAAACGCACAAGCUACAAAAAUGGUGAGGUAGAAAGUUUCUCAUGUGAUGAUGGCCUAAAGCUAUAUGGAUCAGAGGUCAGCCAGUGCUAUUACUAUGGAUGGGACCCACCAUUGCCAAUUUGCGAAGACAAAAAAGACCAAUGUCCACCUGUACCUCAGCCAAACAACACAGAAAAAAGCCCCUUCAAACAAAGCUAUUCUAGAGGGGAUAAAGUGCAAAUAAAAUGCCUGCCCAAUUUCAGACUUCAUGGGCCUGAAUGGGUAUUUUGUAAGGAUGGAAGAUGGACAUCUCCUCCACAAUGUGUUUGGAUAAAUCAGAAUUGUCCAGCACCCCCUAGAGUUCUCAAUGGAGAAGCAAAAACCGAGAUUAGGAACCAAUAUCCCCCUGGAUCGUCAGUGGAAUAUCAGUGUCAGCAAUAUUACAAACCUCAAGGUAACCGGAAGAUUGUCUGCCAAAAUGGACAAUGGUCAGAUCCACCUGUUUGCUUGGAACCUUGCACUGUAAACCAGAGAGAAAUGCUAAAGCAUAACAUACAACUCAGGUGGACGGAAGUAAAUAAACUGUAUUCAGAGCAUGACGACGCUGUGGAGUUUGUAUGUUUACCAGGAUUUCAGAUACAAUCUUCUUCAACUAUGAGAGUCAAAUGCAAUAGGGGGAAUUUACUCUAUCCCAAAUGUGAUAAACAAGGGAUAGGUCAAAAUUGUCCAGCACCCCCUCGAGUUCUCAAUGGAGAAGCAAAAACCGAGAUUAGGAACCAAUAUCCCCCUGGAUCGUCAGUGGAAUAUCAUUGUCAGCAAUAUUACAAACCUCAAGGUAACCUGAAGAUUGUCUGCCAAAAUGGGCAAUGGUCAGAUGCACCUGCUUGUUUAGAACCUUGCACCGUAAACCAGAAAGAAAUGCUGAAGAAUAACAUACAGCUCAGGUGGACGGAAGUAAAUAAACUGUAUUUGGAGCAUGACGAGGCUGUGGAGUUUGUAUGUGUACCAGGAUUUCAGACACAACCUUCUUCAGCUAUGAGAGUCAGAUGCAAUAGGAGGAAUUUACUCUAUCCCAAAUGUGAUAAACAAGGCUCAUGCUUAUUAUCAAAAGAAACAAUGUUGGCAAAUUUUAUUAAAUUGAAAGAUUCCAAUGUGGAAAUUGAAGAAGGGAGCCGUGUGGAAUUUCAAUGUAUUGAAUAUAUGGUUCCAGAGCAAACACUCAUAGCUACAUGCAGUCAAGGCAAAAUAAUUUACCCACGUUGUAUUAAACAGAAAUCGUGCAUAUUAUCAGAAGUAAUGGUCCAAAAAAAUAACUUAGUCCUUACAGGGGCUGUUAGUAAGGACAUGCGGUAUGAUCAUGGAGCAAAAAUAAGCAUCAGAUGUAAACCUGGAUACUUCCUUGUAACGUUUUCUUCUUUUAAAGUGGAAUGUUACAACGGAAUAAUGACUUACCCUGCAUGUUUUAAUGAAAAGCCCUGUCGAAUAAAUCAAGAUAGAUUGGAUGAAAAGUUUUUGGAGCUUCAUCCUGACCACCAGGACAAAGUAUUUUAUCACAAUGAAGAGAUUAUCAAGUUUGUGUGCAAGGCAGGAUAUUCUAGUCUCUCUGAUCCAUUUGGUAAAUGCAUUAAAGAGGAGAUUUUUUACCCCACCUGCCAAGAAAGUGGAUAAUAUUAGAGCAAAGUGGAACUAAGAAGAAGGAACUAGAACGAGACAAUAUUUCCAAUUUAACAUAUUCUCUACAGUAAGGCUGUAUAAUACAUUAACUGGAAAG